GCGCGACUCUGAUCGUCGAACAGGCGCUUGCGUGGGGAAUCACGAUUAAUCAUUCUGCAACCACUAUGAACUAUGGAAUCCUGCUGCAGGGUAUCGGUGGUCUCAUGGCAAUUCCUCUGAUUGAGGCUUAUGGACGGCUCCCAGUCUGGAUGUGGACACAGUUCAUCACGACCUUCAUGGUGCUUGGUGCGACCUUGUCGAAUGGCUAUGGCACCUUUACUACCUUUCGCUCGCUACAGGGUCUGUUCGGAACUGUGCCGCAAGUGGUUGGCCUUCCGAUUAUCCACGAUAUGUAUGAUCCUCAAGAUUGGCCCUAUAUGAUCAAUAUCUGGGGCACCACCUUCUUGGUCGGUCCGUUUCUGGGUCCUGCAUUGGCUGGAUACAUCGGCGCUGGAGGUGGUUGGAAGGUCUCCUUCGGUAUUUUGACUGUGUUCUACGGCAUUUCCACAAUCUUGAUCUUCUUGUUCGGAUACGAAACCUACUUUGCCCGUGGUCAAGGAUGUCAGCGCAAUUCCAGACUCCAGUCCUUCUUCGCAAUCCAAACCCAUAACCUGCCCGUUGGCUCGACUAUUGCCCAUUACUGCAAGCUGCUUGUCGUGUACAUUUUUAAAAUGCCUCUUUUCCUCACUGGCAUUGCGACCAUGGUCAACUUCUGCUGGCCGAUCGGAAUUACCGUGACUAUCUCGACAUUCAUUGCGCAACCGCCUUAUCUUUUUGACACUAUUGAAUCGUCCUCUAUGAGAUGGGCUCCUAUUAUCGGUGCUUUACUCGGAUUCGCAUUCGGAUACUGGUUCAACCAUUGGAUCUACCGGACCAAGAUUGAUUCCUGGCGUCCAGAGUACCGCUUACAUGGUGUCUGGAUUGCGAUCAGCACCAUGGCCGGUGGCCUUUUGACUUACGGGUUGACCAUGAACUAUCAUAAGCACUGGAUCGGAAUCGCCUUCGGAUGGCUGAUGGUGGUUUUUGGAAUGGUUGCGAGUACUGUCGCAAUCACGGCAUACAACCUCGAAAAGUACCCCGAACAAUCCACCGUUGUUUCCGCAAUUAUCAACGGCUGGCGCACCACGGGUGGAUUCUCGGUCGGAUACUUCCAGCCCUCCUGGAUUUCGAGAAACGGCCUCGCUGCUGUGUUCGGCACCCAGGCCGCGGUGGUGGUAGCCGUGCUAAUCCUCACCAUUACGCCUGUUAUUGUGUUGGAGGGUCGCAAGGCGAGGGCCAAGGUUGGCCAGGCAUAGUUGGAAAAAGGGAUAUGUGUUCGUUUGUUUUGUAUGAUUGCCACUAUGAUUAAAUGAUUUCUGCUGUGUUGGAUGUCGCCUUUUCUGACCUGGGCCGAUGUUAUUCUAUGGGUGGGUUCGAUCGUUCCUGGGUCCUUUACAAGGCGAGUUGAAGUUGGG